AUUGGUUAGUGGUUGUGAGACAGCCAAGAUGGCGGCCACAAUGUUGAGGUUGCUUACCAGACUAGGACGUCCUUCAACAAAAAUAAUACAAAAUAAUAAUUUACUGAGUCCUUGUUGUGCUGUUCUGCAAAAUAGGCAGAAACAGUGGCAGCCAGAUGUGGAGUGGAUGGAGCAGUUUGCUGGAGCAGUAAUGUACCCCGCUGCUAUUAAUGAGAAAUGGACUCCACCGCCAUGGAAUGACAAAGAUCCUCCUGCAGUGAAGGACGUGUCCAACCUAACCAUCAACUUUGGCCCUCAGCAUCCUGCAGCACAUGGCGUACUGCGUCUAGUGAUGGAGCUCAGUGGAGAGUCUGUAAAGAAAUGUGACCCCCACAUUGGCCUGCUUCACCGUGGCACAGAGAAACUCAUUGAAUACAAGACCUACCUGCAGGCUCUGCCCUACUUUGACCGCCUGGACUAUGUUUCCAUGAUGUGUAAUGAGGAGGCCUACUCUCUGGCUGUGGAGAAACUGCUCAAUAUUCAAGCUCCUCUUCGUGCACAGUGGAUCAGAGUGCUGUACGGAGAGCUGACUCGCAUCCUGAACCACAUCAUGGCCGUCACCACACAUGCCCUCGACGUCGGUGCCAUGACCCCCUUCUUCUGGAUGUUUGAGGAGAGAGAGAAGAUGUUUGAGUUUUAUGAGCGAGUGUCUGGAGCCAGAAUGCACGCCGCAUACGUCCGACCUGGUGGAGUUCAUCAGGAUUUGCCUUUGGGCCUAAUGGACGACAUCUACACGUGGUGCAAGAAUUUCUCUGUUAGAAUUGAUGAAGUAGAAGAGAUGCUGACCAACAAUCGUAUCUGGAAGAAUCGUACCGUGGACAUCGGGGUGAUUUCUGCUGAGGACGCCCUCAACUAUGGCUUCAGUGGAGUGAUGCUGAGAGGCUCGGGCAUCAAGUGGGACCUGAGGAAGUCUCAGCCGUAUGAUAAGUACGAUGAGGUGGACUUUGAUGUCCCUGUUGGAAGCCAUGGAGACUGCUAUGACAGGUAUUUGUGCAGAGUGGAGGAGAUGAGGCAGUCCCUUAGGAUCAUGCACCAAGCACUCAACAAGAUGCCAGAAGGAGAGAUUAAGGUGGAUGAUGCCAAAGUGGCCCCACCCAAGAGGUCUGAGAUGAAGACGUCCAUGGAGGCUCUGAUCCACCACUUUAAGCUGUAUACAGAGGGCUACCAGGUCCCCCCAGGCGCCACAUACACAGCCGUGGAGGCACCAAAGGGAGAGUUUGGUGUUUAUUUGGUGUCAGAUGGCUCCAGCAGACCCUUUCGCUGCAAGAUCAAAGCUCCUGGAUUCGCUCACUUGGCUGGUCUGGAUAAAAUGUCUCAAGGACACAUGCUGGCCGAUGUGGUGGCCAUUAUUGGUACACAGGACAUAGUGUUUGGCGAGGUUGACCGUUAAUGUGAUGUUGCUAACACCUUGGUUCCUCGAAGAGAAUACGUUCUCACCUUUACCCAUCUGUCUGACUUCCUGUUCACUAUUUAUUGUAGGGAGGCUUUUGAGAAAUGACUGCUCAUAAUCACUGAUGUACAAUGCCCAGAUAACCCUAAUAAAUAUUUUAUGAUCAAACUCAAAA